AUGCCUCAUUCAGAGCCUCACUACGAAUUCGGUGGGCCGCUUGGCACAGCCGCCAUCACUGUCGGUCUACCCGUGCUGUUGUAUUUCUUCCGCUUCGCCUGCAAUGAUGUAGCUGGGUGUCCCGUUCCCUCUUUGUUGAGCCCCAGUACGCUGGACUGGGAGACGCUCAAGGGGGAAAUUGGCUGGCCUCAGGGCGGAGUCUGGGACCUGUGCAGUUGGCAGGUCAUGGGCGUGGUGUUGGCCUACUACCUCGUCAGUCUGGUUCUCUGGAGGAUUCUCCCCGCGAACGAGACGCUGGGCACGAAGCUGGUGCACCAUGGCCGUCCGCUUAAGUACCGGCUCAAUGCGUUCUCGUCCAGCCUGGUCCAGCUGGCCGCGGUCGCCAUUGGCACCUACUACCGUGGCGCCGACUUUGUUGUCUGGACUUACAUGACCGACAACUACAUUCAGAUCUUGACGGCCAAUGUGCUGAUCGCGUACGGGAUCUCCAUCUUCCUCUAUGCGUACAGUUUCACCGUCAACACGAACUACCCCAACGACGACCUACGGGAGCUCGCCGAAGGCGGCGACACGGGCAACGUCAUGUAUGACUUCUACAUCGGCCGUGAGCUCAACCCACGCGUCACGCUGCCGCUGAUCGGCGAGGUCGACAUCAAGACCUGGCUGGAGAUGCGGCCCGGUCUGACCGGGUGGAUGCUGUUGGACCUGGCUUUUGUCGCCCAGCAGUACCGCAACUACGGCUACGUCACCGACAGCAUUCUCUUUGUGACUGCCGUGCAGGCAUACUACGUCCUCGACGGCCAGUAUAACGAGUCGCAUGUCCUCUCCAUGAUGGACAUCAUCACCGAUGGCAUGGGCUUCAUGCUCACCUUUGGCGAUAUCGUCUGGGUGCCGUUCCUUUACUCCACACAGUGCCGCUAUUUGGCGACCUACCCGCUGCAUCUGGGCUGGACUUCUAUUGCCGCCGUCAGCGCCGUUUUCGCCCUGGGCUUGUAUAUCUUCCGCGCGGCCAACACCCAGAAACGCGUCUUCCGCACCAACCCCCAGGACCCGAGUGUGGCGAAUCUGUCGUACAUCCAGACCAAGCGGGGAACGAGACUGCUCACCGCAGGCUGGUGGGGCAUGUCGCGCCAUAUCAACUACUUUGGCGAUUGGUUGCAGGCGUCGCCGUUCAGUCUGCCCACCGGCGUGGCUGGGUAUCGGGUUCUCGCUGCGGGGAGUGCCGCGGCAACGUCGUCGGUGUUCACCACGCGCGACGGACGCGAGGUGGUGCAAGGUGAUGCCCGAGGAUGGGGUAUGAUCUUCACCUACUUCUAUGUGCUGUACUUUGCUAUCUUGCUGGUACACCGUGAGCGCCGGGAUGAUGCCAUGUGUGCGAAGAAGUACGGAGAGGACUGGGCGCAGUACAAGAAGACGGUGCGCUGGAGGAUUCUGCCGUGGGUUUAUUAA